AAACUUCAUUUAUAACAAAAUAUCUUUAACUUAUGCAACUACGGUUUCUUAUCUGUGGAACUCCAAUGGCUUCCCUCUUCUCCAUUUCUAUAACCAAAAAUGUGGCUUUAGCUUCACUCAAUCCCAACCGCCACUCUCAUUCUCACUCUCACUCUCCUCCUCUCAAAACCAAUGACGCAGCCGAUACCAUUCCAAUCAAAACCCCCCGGCUACGCCCGAAACUUCUAAACCCUCGUCGCCCCUCCGUCAUUGAAAUCGAACGUGCUAUUGGUGGUGGAAGGUUCAGAGACGCCGACCCUAGGGAUUUGGAAGAAGAUAAGAAGGCUGCAUUUGACAUGUUUUUGAUGAGUUUUACGGGAAAAUAUGAAGGGCCACUCAUGAAAAAGCUUCGUGAGACAGGGGAAUGGGUAACUAAUCAAACUGAAACCAAAUUUCAAGCUUCGGGAAAAUGGUUUCUGUUGUUUACAUUUCAAUGGGUUCUUCCAUUUUGGGCAUUGUCACUUCUCGUGGCUUCUGGGGUCAUUAAGCUACCAUUCAACACUCCAUUUCUUAAUGAACUUCUCAUGUAAUAAGAUUAAUGUUUUAUCGAAGAGCACAAAAAGUCAUUGUCUUCUAGAUUUUGAUCGUCGCUAUUUUGGCGCAUUGUCGUUCUACUACUUUUUCAACUCAUAUGCUUGAUGCAAUUUAUCAAUGAAUAAUUUUUUUAGUGUCUUAACUUUGGAGUAUUUUGUGAUUUAUUGAUGUUCUGUUUUUUUCUCUUCCGCUCAAUUAUUUAUUCUUACCUCCUUGGAGUUUUAUGAUUCAUGUGGGAAUACGAUUUUGUAGUGUUUAUUUUAAACAGUUGUACUUAUUUUAUUUUAUAUUGUCAUAGAUGUUAAACACCAACAUGUCAAUUCUAUUUAAUUUUUAUUUUACUUAA